CGGCCAUGGCGGCGGGUCCGGGUCCGGCCGAGCCCAACCCCUUCUCCUUCCGCGAGUUCGUCCGCAGCAAGGCGCGGAGCUGCGGGGAGGCGGGCGGUGCUCACCAGGCGGCGCGGCCCGGCCCGAGCCUCGGCCCCCUCUUAUUCCCGGAUCCGGCGCCGCCCGGAGAGGCGGAGGACGAGGAGGAGGAAUGGAGCGGGAGCUACCAGCCCUUGGUCGUGGAGCAGGCCCACCUCGCCGUCGCGGGCCCCACCUCGCCCUCCGCCGGCUCCUUCUUCUGUGAGGGCGCGGGGCUGGCAGGCAGCGAGGACCCGAGCAUGGCCUGCCUCGGAGCCCCCCCGGGGCCGGGCUUUCACUCCCUUCGGCAGCCCAGCUACGAGGAGCUGAAAGAAGAGAAUGCCAGUUUGAGAAGCAAGAUCAAUAAGCUUCAGAUUUUCUCUGAAACCCAAGCAGACAAGAUGAGGAAGCUUGAAAAGAAGCUUGAGGAGAACAAAAUUAAAGAAGAAAAAGAGGCGCAAGAUUUGGAAGCAAUGGUGCAGCACGUGGAACAGAAUCUCCAGCUGAUGACUAAACGGGCUGUUAAAGCAGAAAACAAUGCUACAAAACUGAAACAGGAAAAUGCGCUACUUCAGGUUCAGCUGAAGAAUUACAAGACAGAGAAUGAAGCCUUGAGGUCGGGCCAGUCGGCGAGUCUGGCUGUGGUGAAACAAAACGCAGACCUUGCCUUACAGAACCUUCUCACGGUUAUAACAAACUCCCGGUCUUCGAUCAAGCAGCUGGUCUCCGGAGCAGAAUCGCUGCAGCUCGUCGCUGAUCUCCUUAAAUCAAUAGACAGAAUUUCUGAAGUGUCAGAAGACGGACAGUGACUCAAACAAAACUGAGAACUUUGCUUUCAUGCGGAAACCAUUUCUUCAAAGUUAAUUUCUGAUACUCAACCUCGCUACGAUGUGUGAAGCUGUUAGCGCCGCUGCAGAACCGGCUUUCCCAUCUCUACCUGCCGCGUGGCUGUGGCCGCCCCGGGUCGCUAAAACCCGAAGGGACAAGAUUACACCCCUUUUCCUGCUAGGCCGGGACCACGGCCCUGCCUCCCCUCGUACCCCGCGCUCCCGUGAGCACCCCACGUUUUGGCCGUGACCCCAUGAUGAUGAAGAUGAUGACUUGGAUUCUCAUCCUGAAAUGGUAA